CUUUCACUUCGGCUUUCCUUUGUUCCUCUCUCUUUCGGCGCAUUGUUCUGCUCCUUCUUUCAUACUGCAUCCAUCCCAUCCUGAGACUCGUAUACCGAAUACUUUAAUUGACUGCGCUGGCGCAUCCUCUGUCUUUUUUGACUUGAUCUUCAUUACUUUGGUCUUUCCUUCGGACUAUACUCACACAUACACUACUCUACCACCUAUCAUUUGCCGAAUCGACCCAAGUGUCUCAAUUCACAACAUCUCAUUCCAACCCUACUUAAUCAAACCCUCACCACCCACCACCCAAAACAAAAGCGAAAAAAAGAAAGAAAAUGUGGUUCAUCCUCCUCAAAAUCUUCAAAUUCGGCUUCAACCAAGCCAAAAAGCACAACGCGAACAAAAAAGGCCAACACCCCGACGACCUCUCGAACCCCAGCUCCUUCAACAUGGCGGCCCGCUCCUUCGGCCAGCCCUCGCCCCCUCCGCCCAAGAAACCACUCAAGCACUACCUCGCGCUGACCCUGCACACCCUCCAACUCAUCUUCGGCAUCACCGUCCUCGCCCUCUACGGGUCUGAGAUCCACAACGCGCACGAACGCAACGACUCCGCCGCCCCGGAGGCCGUGUAUGCGGUGAUCACGGCGCUGCUGGCGCUUGUCACGGCUGCGGGGCUGCUGGUGUAUGUGGCGUUUGUGAAGGCACGGGCGGUGGGCGGUAAGGCGGGGGUGUUGAUGGGGCUGUUUGCGUGGCAGGGCAUUCUGGUGAUUUUGUGGCUGGUCGUGUUUGGCGUCUUCGCGGCGAAGUAUCUGGGCAGCGAGAAGAAGAAGAUGCGCAGGGCUGUGUGGAUCGAUUUGGUCUGUCUGGUCAUGGCGGUUGGGGCGGCGGCGUGGGCGGGUUUGAGGUGGUGGAGGGGGAAUCGCGCGGAGGGAGAUGGGGAGGAGAGUUUUAAGGGGGUGCAGCAUCAGCAGCAGGAGGAGGAGAAGGAGGUUGUUUAGUGGGUUGGUUCAGGUUGGGUCUUUGGUUUGGGUGGUUGGGUUGUGAAGGGGAGAUGGGGUGGGAUGUGUUGUUAUUGCAUGAGUUGAUGUUGCAUGGGUUUGUUAUUCUGUUCUUUCUGGAGUUGGGUGAUUUUACUAGAAAACGGAAGAUGUACUCAAACAGAGCGGUUGCAUUGAUCUUUCCUGAUAAUACCAAUUCAUCAGCGUGUACUACAGUUCCUCCAAUCCA